CGCCGGUACCCAGGGACAGCUCCCUCACCGCCUCGCCUCCCCCCCUCCCCGGCUCCGAUCACAUCUCCACAGCGCAGCCGGGGAGGGGAGGAGCCCUCCAGCGCGGAACCGGGGCUCUCUGCUCGGCCCGCCCUGAGGGGCGUGGGAGGGCGGAGCCGCGGACUUCGGACUCCGGCCCCCGACGCUCGGCUUUCCCUGACGCCCUCAGCUAUCCCUGGCCAAAGGGAGCCAUGUCCGCGCUCCUGGGGCUCCGGCCCGAGGUGCAGGACACCUGCACCUCGCUGGGGCUGAUGCUGUUGGUCGUGCUGCUCAUGGGGCUGGCCCGCGUGAUCGCCCGGCAGCAGCUGCACAGGCCCACGGCCCACGCCUUCGUCCUGGAGUUUCUAGCCACCUUCCAGCUCUGCUGCUGCACCCAUGAGCUCCAACUGCUGAGCGAGCAGGACCCCGCGCACCCCACCUGGACGCUGACACUGAUCUACUUCUUCUCCUUGGUGCAUGGCCUGACCCUGGUGGGCACAGCUAGCAACCCGUGCGGCGUGAUGAUGCAGAUGAUUCUGGGGGGUAUGUCCCCCGAAACGGGUGCCAUGAGGUUGUUGGCUCAGCUGGUUAGCGCCCUAUGCAGCAGGUACUGCAUAAGCGCCCUGUGGAGCCUGAGUCUGACCAAGUACCACUUCAACGAGAGGAGCUUAGCUUGCAAGAAUCCCAUCCACACGGACAUGUCCAAAGCGAUCAUCACAGAGGCCAUCUGCUCCUUUAUUUUCCACAGCGCUCUACUGCACUUCCAGGAGGUCCGAACCAAGCUUCGCAUCCACCUGCUGGCUGCACUCAUCACCUUUUUGGCCUAUGCAGGAGGGAGCCUCACGGGGGCGCUGUUCAACCCAGCUCUGGCGCUCUCUCUGCACUUCCCCUGCUUCGAUGAGAACUUCUACCAGUUUUUUGUAGUAUACUGGCUUGCCCCUUCUCUAGGUGUGUUGCUGAUGAUCCUGACGUUCAGCUUUUUCCUUCCAUGGCUGCAUAACAACCAAAUGACUAAUAAAAAGGAGUAACUACUCCCAAGGACUCAAACUGAGUCACAGGACAGUCAAGCUGGACAUGACAGAUGUGAUCACCUUUCAAACUCCAGCCGCACUGGACUUGUCACUGUUUCAACCUCCUUUGUGGAAGGUGUCUUAAUGUUUUCACUACCUGGACUUAAAAUGACUGUGAAAAUGGGGUGGCCUGUAUUUGUCAGUUAAGCUCAUUCUUUUGAGUGAUGUAUUAAAUGCUGCUAGAAAAGGCUCAUUCAUUAAACCUCUAUAAAUCCAAGGUGAUUACUCACUGUGAUGAAAACCAGAUGACCACAAAGUCAACUGGGGAAGGACAGCUGGUUGUGCAGGACCAAAGAAAUUCUGUGUUGUGUCCCUCUGAAUGAACUGGACUUCAAAGCUCACAGAGCCAGAGAAGGUGCUUUGCAGCCACAUCUUAGUGACACUAUCAAUCACGGCAUCUUUUAAUAGAAAAGCUGGUUUUAUAUCCACUCAUCUACAGGUUUCCCACUGGUUUGACACAGGGUCUCACUUGUGGCCCGAUGGCCUGAAGCUUCCUGUGUAGACCAGGCUGGCCUCAAACAUGCAAUGAUCCUUUUGCCUCUGCCUCCCAAGUGCUAGGAUUAAGGAGUGUGCUGCCACAACCAGGGUUUGUUUUGUUUUUGUUCAGGGGUAUGGGCUUUCAUGAUGUAGCCCAGGCUGGCCUUCAACUCACCAUCCUCUUGAGUGCUAGGAUUAUAAGUAGAUACUACCACAUCUGCCUCAGGCUUCCUAGAUUUUAAAUAUAUUCUAAUACCUAAAAUAUUUCUCUUAAGUAGACAAUUUCAGCUAAAUUGUCUUUAAUAGAAUAAACACCCCCACAGAGCCAAGAUUGCUCUUUUCACUUUCUCAAUUGCACUUGACAGCUACCUAGAGACACAGGUAGGUUUUCUUUCUAUGUUGCUAUAUUUCUGUAAUGAUAGACUGACAUGCUCAAUGACAUUAUAAUGACAAAAUGUGGAAAUGAAUUCCUAACCUCUAUUUUACAAGAUCAGAAGCUAAGCCUAGAGGUGUGCUUUGUGACCCUCACCCAACGUCAAAGAGGGAAAUGUAAUUCUACACUAACAUUUCGACAACAAAAAUUCUUUUCAGUCAUCACUGACUGGAGGAAAAGGUUCUGAAGAAAACAUUAAAUUCUUUUUUAAUAAAUUUAGAAACUAU